AAAACUCGUUGUCUCCUCGUGCUGCCUCGACCCGAACACUUUGAUUGUCAUCUAAUUGUCAUCUAUGUGCAGAAUAUAUCGAUUCCUCAAAAAGUUCAUUCCGUCUACGUCCACUCUUGGCAUUGUUCAGCCCAUUCUCUAUCGUAAGCCAUUUGUCAAAGGUAUACAUUCUCUUGAUCAGUACAGACACAACAGACCCAUUAAUCCAUUUGCCAGGAAAAAUUCCAACUCAAGAAAACCGGUUAAGAAGGAGGUCACUGAUUUGAAAGUGUAUACGAGGAAUAUUAUUUGGAAAAUAUACAGAAUUCUAAAGUAUUCGACUUGGGAUUCUGCUCGAGAAGAGCUGGAGAGGCUUCCCAUAAGAUGGGAUUCUUUCACAGUCAACCAAAUCCUGAAAACCCACCCACCUAUGGAGAAAGCUUGGUUGUUUUUUAACUGGGCUUCUCGGCUAAGAGGAUUUAAGCAUGACCAGUAUACUUACACAACAAUGUUGGAUAUUUUUGGAGAAGCUGGGAGAAUUUCGUCCAUGAAACAUGUUUUCCAGCAGAUGCAAGAGAAGGGGAUAAAGAUUGAUUCUGUUACUUAUACGUCGCUUAUGCAUUGGCUAUCAAAUUCAGGAAAUAUUGAUGAGGCAAUCAAAGUUUGGGAAGAAAUGAAAUCUCGGGGCUGUUGCCCUACUGUUGUUUCUUAUACUGCAUACAUGAAGAUUCUAUUCAAUCAUGACAGAGUAAAAGAGGCUACUGAUGUCUUCAAGGAGAUGCUUCAGUCUGAAUGUCCUCCAAAUUGUUACACUUACACAAUCUUGAUGGAGCAUCUCAUUAAGUCAGAAAAAUGUGAUGAAGCCCUUGAGAUUUUUGAGCAGAUGCAAGAGGCAGGGGUGCAGCCUGAUAAAGCUGCGUGCAAUAUAUUGAUUGAGAACUGUUCAAAAGUUGGCGGGUCUAUAGCCAUAAACCGAAUCCUUCAUUAUAUGAAGGAAAACCGUCUUGUCCUUCGUCACCCUGUUUUUGUGGAAGCACUGGAGGCUUUGAGACUUGGUGGUGAGAGUGAUGCCCUUCUCAGGCAAGUUCAUCCUCACUUUUAUGUUGACUGUAACUUCAGGAAGGAAGCAAAUGACUGCACAAAAGCAGCCGCAGAUUCUUCAUUUGAUAUUGAUGAGAGGCUUCUGCUUGAUUUAUUGAGAAAGGGAAAUCUGCUUGCUAUUGACCAAAUACUCUCAGGGAUAGCAGAUAGAAAAAUACCUUUAAAUCAUGAGAUUUUAUCAACCAUCAUUGAUGUAAACUGUAGUCAGUGCAGGCCUGAGGGGGCUUUAUUGGCUUUUGAGUACAGCGUGAAAAUGGGCAUAAGUAUGGAAAGGACUAAAUAUCUUGCCUUGAUAGGCUUGAUGGUCAGAUCAAAUUUGUUUUCAAGAAUCCUGGAAGUUGUUGAGGUAAUGUCUAAAGCUGGGCAUUCUCUUGAAAUCUAUUUAGCUUCUCUCAUAAUUUAUAGGCUUGGUCGUGCUAGGCAGCCCACAUUUGCUGCAAAGAUCUUCAACAUAUUACCAGAUAACCAUAAGUGUACUGCCACCUAUACUGCCUUAAUUAGUGCUUACUUCUCAGCUGGAAGGGUUAAUAAGGCUCUUGGGAUUUAUAAAAUCAUGCGUGAAGAAGGAGUUUCUCCUGCAUUAGGCACCUAUAAUGUGCUACUUGGAGGCUUGGAAAGAAAAGGUAAAUCUUCUGAAGCAGAUUUCUUUAGGAAGGAAAGGAAGAGACUACUUGCUAAGCAUGAUUCUCAGGGAAGUGUUUGUGCGAAGAUAUGUAACCUUUUGUUUGCUGGGGAUAUAUGUUGAUGCACCAAGAGUUCUCAAUGUGAAUCAAGUUGAGGGAUAUAAUUACUAGCUAGUGGAAAUAUGCCGGUCAAGCCGCCUUAGAGUUGCCGCUUUCGUUUCAAAGAAAAUGAAAUAUUCUGCUCUAUCAAGUUCUUUUACAGAUGAUGUCAAGGCUUAACUGCCACAUGUAUGGAUCUGCAACAUUAAGUAGCAAGUGCUUGGAAAAUGGAAUAGAAAAGAUGAACAUGAGCAUCGUCUUCCAGAAAUCAACUAUAUGUAGCGUAAAACAACAAAUAUUGUGGCAGAUGUGCACAUCGUAAGAGUCCCCCGAAUUGAUAUUUAAGAGGGGUGAUUACUUCUGGCGCAAUUUUUAUGUUUCUUCAAUGUAAGAAUCAUGGGAAUAGAAGCAAGGGUCUUUCUUGUUUAAUUUAAA